AUGAACACUGCAAGACUCUUGAGGCUUCAGCCUCUUCGGUCGGUCGGCUUGAGGCAAGCUGCCUUCCGUCAAUCCGCCCAGAAACAGACUGCCAGGCCGUUCCAUAACACCCGCACCAGGUUCAGAACAAAGGAGGAUGACCAAAGCGCACACACCAUCACCCAAAGAAUCCGCAUGCUGAAGAGAAUCCCUCCGGAACUGCUUCCCCUCGGUGUUGUCAUUUCCUUCGCCUUGUUCGCUGCUUGCUUUGCCAUGGGCAGGAAGCUCAUGACCGACAGGACCCUUCGCUUGCAGAGAUCCUCCCAGAAACAUUAA